UGGUUAUGUUUUGUAGGUAGUUUGAAUUUUUAAAAUGACAUCACAUAACAAAUAAUCAUAUUAUUAUUUAUUAUACAUCAAUACAUUAUUCACUUACAUGGACAUGAUCAGCGUUUAAAGUACAUCAUAGUCGACGUCCCGGACCAACCACCGUCUUUAACAUAGAAUUAUACCAAUUCAAGAUGAGCAACCAAACAAGUACAACGGAUUCAACAUUUAAAAUGCCUAUGGCACCUCCAGUUUAUCCUUCUCAAUCCGAAGCUUUACUUUUUCAAGAUAUUAUAGAAGAGAAAACUAUUGCACUUCACAGUAUAUUGAAUGAUUUUUUGAAAGUGCAUCCUUAUCGUAAAUUUGAUAUUGAAUUUAAUAUGUUUUUAAAACGUGUAAAACGCAUUAUCAUUGAUGGGCAUCGUGCUGGUGCUAAUGUCUCUCGGAUUACCAAUUCAUCACAUAUCGCUCCACUUUACGCUAGGCCAUCAGCAAGUUUCAAUUACAGGCCAUCUACAAGUUUUAACUAUAGACCACCAACCACUAUGUCAAUGGUUAGUUCUAGUGACCAAAGCAUGUUGAGAUUACCAGAAAAUAAUUUUCAUUCCAUCGAACCUAGCGAACUUUCAAAUCCAUUUAAACCACCAGAUUGUCUUCAACCUAAAGUGGUAUUAACUCGUAUUGAACAGUCAAGCUGUGAUUCUCAUAAAUCACCUUCCACAAGUUCCACAGUUAUGAAAGUAAGCCAAAAUCAUAAUGUGACUGUUGAAGAAAAUAAUACUCUUGAAAUUGCUCAGCAUUCUAAAUCUCUAUCAACAAAUCAACCAACUGCACGUAAUACAUAUUCUGAUGUAACAUUUGAAGAGAAUAAAUCAAUAUCUGAAUCACAUAAAAAUGAAAACAUGAAUGAUGACAAUAAUUCAAUUGAAUCACUUCUUGAAGAUGUUGGAUUUAAAAUUAUUGUUGGAUUAACAGAAAAUAAAAAUGAGACCUCAAAAAAGAGUAAUGCAAGUCAACAUCAAAACAAUCAAUUAAAUGUAUUAGAAAAUGUUGAAAAAUUCUUGUCUAUGUGGUCUUUGAAUAUGAAACUAAUCAAAUCAUCAGAACAAUCAUCAAAAUUUGUUUUAAUUUUAACUGGAAAUUUGUUGGGAGAAGAUAAGCAGACAGUUGUUGAAAAGCGUCACGAAGCUGGCGUUUUAGAAGGCAGAAAAGAAAAUAGUUUAGUCAAAACCAAAAAUGGACUAUACCGUUUGGUUGGCAAUAUCAUUGGUGGAUCACCUAAUGAACUAUAUCAAACAUGCAUAUCGGUCAAUGGCAUUCCAAGAACAUGGAGAAAAAUUGUGAAACAACUAACUGGGGUUGAAAAUAAAACAAAACAAAUGUUUGAUUUUUCAAUAAGUUCCCCUGCUGGACCAAUUGCCAAACCAAUUAAAUCUGCUGUGAAUCUUGAUGCAAGUAUGACCAGAAAAGGAACAACUUACAGUAAAAAUAUGACACUUGCAAAUCACAAAACAAAUAUAAAAAGAAAAUUGUCUGAAUAUGCUGAAACUGAACAUAAUAAAAUUAAACAUCGUAGAUUCUGUGAACAUACGCCAUUAUUACUAGCAUCCACACCAAAAAAACCAAAAAAACAGUCCACUAUGUUUGAAACUCCAAGUCAAAUUUUGAGAAAGAAGAUAAGUCAGAAUCUAAACAAUAAUCCAAACAAACGACAAAAGCUGGAUAGUGUUAACGAUUCUAUAAAUAUAAACAAAAGAAGACAAUCUCACUUAAAAGAACAGAUAAACAUAUUUUUGAAGCCAAAAACACCUGAAAAAACAUUGAUGAGUAGUAUUAAUAAUACAAAACAUACCAAUCAAACAUCAGUAAAUAAAUCAGAAAUAUUGAACAGUUAUAAAAGCAGUGCUACAAAAUCAAAAAAUAAUACAUUAGAAAACUCAUCUGUAACAAAAAACCAUACCAAGCAACAAUCUAAAAUGAAAACAACCAUAAACUCCACCAAUAGCAGUGUAGACAUAUCUAAAAUUAAAACAAGUUUACUUUCCAAAUCUAAAGAAAAUAAAAAAACCAUUAACUCUACCAAUAGCAGUGUAGACCACUCUAAACUUAAAACGAGUUUACUUUCCAAAAAUAAAGAAACCACAAACUCCAACAAUAGCAGUGUAGACAAAUCUAAACUUAAAACUAGUUUACUUUCCAAAUCUAAAGAAAAUGAAAAAACCAUAAAGCAAAAAACGCCACAAAUACCCAAAAGUAAAACAGCUACAAGACAUGUAAGCAUUGUGAAAGAAAUUAAAAAAAAAAAUGUAUCAGGGUCAGCAAUUGCUCUCCAUCAAAGUAAUAACAAAUGUGUAAAGGCAAUCAGAUCUAAGACAAACAAAUGUGAUGAAAGUUUUAACAGUGAAACACAUAAAAAGUUGAAAGUAGAUAAAUCUAAAACCAAACAAAUGCAUUGCCCCAACAGUUCGUCAACAGAAUCUGACCUUUUUGGUUGCAUAGACCAUGCUGAUUAUGGUAAUGUCAGUGAUUUUAAUUUUAUGGCAUCUCCAGGAAAAUUAAGUGUAGCAUCAGGUAAUGACCAAUCCAGGAGUGUGACGCCUCCAUUGUUCAGUUAUCAAUGGAAUUCAACCGCCAAACCUUCAGCCAUUAGUGAACCACCCACCCCACUGAGUAAAUCAAUUGAGGCCAAAGCAUUGAAGCGAGUUAAAGCUCCCAAAAUUACGCUGGAAGAUGAAAUAAAAUACAACAAAAAACGAAAUACCAAACGAUCCAUUGAUUUCAAAACAGCCUCAGAUAAAAUAAACAAAAUGUUGGAAUUUGGUAAUGAUGAAGAUGAAGAAGAUUAACCAUUGUUUUUUGUAUUUUUGAUGAUAUUUUUUUUUUAUUAACUGAAUUUUGCAAUCGUUUGACAUAAUUUAUCAUCAAUUCAACUUAUUGUUAAUUACAUCCAUUGUCUUUUUAAGAAUUGCUAAUUUAUAAAUAUUUUUUAGAGAUUUUAUACCUUGUUAUUUAAAUAUUUGUAAUAUUCCUUUUUUCAUUUUUUUGUUAUGAAAAAUAUUUUUAGAAUAGUUUUGUUCCUAAAUGGUAUAUAAAAUUGUGAUGUGUUUUCUUAUAAUAUAAGAGUUCUAGACAAACACCUAUGUACAUCUUUGGGAUUUGAUUGUUAUUUACAUAGUGUUUAGACAUUGCAUUUGUGUACUCCGUACUUUAUAUUCAGUUAUGUAUAACUUGCUUCAUAAGCAAAACUGAUUAAAUAAUUUAGCAUAUUUUUUGAAUUUAGAAUACAUAAGAUACAUACUUGAUUUCAAGACAUUAUCAUUCUAAGUAUAUAAUUGUACUUGGCACAUUUUAAAAAUUUGUACAUACAAAUUUUUAUUUGUUUUUUUUGUUUCUUAAUUGGCCAAAUUAGAUACCUGUAGUAUAAUACAUACCAUACUUGAAUUGAUGUACAAUAUUAUUUAUUACUUAUUGCUUUCCAAAGUUUCUACUUUUCAAGCCAUUUACAUAAUUGUAAGUUUUUUUUUAUUUUGAAAUUUUUAAUUCAUAUUUUUAGUGAACUAGUGCAUGCAUAUUUCAUGUUUUUUAAUGCAUGAUUUCAUGGGUGGAGUAACGGGUCUGGACAUUUAUGGUUAAGGUUAAGUUAAUGUUAUGGUCUAGCAGCCGUUUUAUCCAUUUUUUUUUUUGUUUAAUAUAUUAUUAGUUUGAUUAUUAGAAAGAAUAAGAAAACAAAGAAAAUAAAUUAAUUAACUUGUAUACAAUAUUACUUCCAUAUGUAGUUACAUACUUAUUAAUCUUAUUAUAUAUAAUUUUAUGUAAUGGUUGUAUUCAUAGAUCAUAGGUCUUAUAACUAAAACAUUUUAUAUAAGUAAAUGAUAUUCAUAUACCAAAUACAAAAUAUAUCAGCAUUAAUAAAUUAUCAAAAUAAUUUUUUUCAAUUCA